AUGCUCGUCAGUGUGUCAGGAUGCUCCUCUCCAAGCACCCUCUUUCUCGUCUCCAUUACCCGCACCUCCAGCUCCUCAGCCUCCUUCAAUCGGCCUUGGUUCCUAUAUGUCGACGCCAGGUUGGCCAUGCUCGUCAGUGUGUCGGGAUGCUCAUGA